AUGACCGCCAAGUCAAUCCUGGUUUUGUGUGCUUCAGUCUGCUUGUUCAAGAUGAAUUCAGCUCAGUGCAUUGGAUCCAUAAACGGCCUAGCAGGCUCAUUAAUAGCUGAUGAAAUGGCUCUUGGAGGUAAUGCCCUCCCAUAUAGAGGCCUUGGAACCUUCGGAGCAGCUGGUUACGGGGCACCUGGCGAAGGUGUAGCUCCAGCUAUGGGAUCUGCAGCAUAUCCUGCCGGUCCUGGUGUCCAAGGAGCUUUUGGUUAUCCAGGUGUAGCUGGUCAAAGAUCUCUUAAUGGACUCAGUCCUGCAUCAAGUCUUGGAUACAGAGGCGUUUAUUAA